UUUUUUUCUUCUACUCUGUUUUUAGUUACUGCUCAAAUCUUUGAUCAUGAAGUCUAAGAAAAAAAUAUCGACUAAUUUUUCUGUCAGAUUGUAUCCUGUUGGUGUUCGUAAGAGAAAAAAUGGGAAAUUUUGCGCUGAAAUCAAACACCCAUUUAACAAAAAAUUGAUUUGGUUGGGUACGUUUGUUACUGCUGAUGAAGCUUAUGAAAGUUACAAGUCGAAAAAGGUUGAGUUUGAAGAACUAGUCAUGGCUAAAGAAGCAAAAAAGAGACAGAAAAAUGGAAAUUUUGAUCGAGAAUGUGGUUCGAGCGAUGAAUAUGAAGAAAAAUCGUUAAUGGGUAUUGCUGAGAAUUCGAAUUCAUCAAAUGGGGUUGAGGAAAAUAUCGAUUUUUUUGCAGAGGAAAAACAAAAAUCGUUAAUGGGUAUUGCUGAGAAUUCGAAUUCAUCAAAUGGGGUUGAGGGAAAAAUCAAUUUUUUUGCAGAGGAAAAACACGAAUCGUUAAUGGGUGAUUCUGAGAAUUUGAAUUUGAAUUCGAUUUCAUCAAAUGGGGAAGAAAGUGAUGAAGAACUGUUUAAGGGGACUUGGGUGAAAAAUUCGGAGGGUAAAGAAGUAAUGUUUUCAUAUAAUUUGGGGGUUCCAAUUAUCGAUAAUUAUGGAUUUUUGUUGGGUGAAUUUAGCGAUUUGGAUGAUCUUACAUUUAUGUAAAGUAAAAAAUUGAUUUUUUUUUUCUAAAUGUUUUGUUAAGAAAAACAAUUUUGAUAUUACAAGCAGUAUU